AUGUCUGAUGAUUAUGAGGGAGAAAAAUCUGAUGAUAAGUCUAGAAGAUAUAAAUGUGGAUGUGGAACAACAUUGUUUUCAUCAUCUCAACCAGAAACAAGAAUAAAAGUAAAUGACUUUGAAGAUCAAGUAUAA